UAAAAUACUAUCCCAUUUUUUCUCCUCUCCAUUCCCUAUAAGUGUUUGUGUCACCACACACAAGUAACGACCCCUCAAUUUGUCAAUAAACAAAUAAUAGGAUUAGUUAAUUAACAAAGGAAGAAGAAGAUUAUGGAAUUUCAAUGAUGAUUUGUGUUAGGAUUAAGAGAUCAUGAAGAUGAGGAUGGAAUUAGUUGAACCACGACGACAACAACAACGACAAGAAGAAAAAGGAGCCUUUGAGAGGAAGAGUAGUAGGGGAAAAAGUACAAGAAGAAAGAUGACAAUUAGUAUUGUUGAAGAAGAAGAAGAAGAGAGCCCAAAGAUUGUGGAUCUAAGUGGCAUGUCAUUAGACUCUCUUCCUGUAAAUCCUACUAUCAAUUUGGGAGCUAUAUCCAAAUUACAUAUUUCCAACAAUAAUCUUCAGAGUAUACCAGAGUCUUUAACAGCAAGACUACUUAACUUGGUUGAGUUAGAUAUGCAUUCCAAUCAGCUCAACUCCAUUCCCAACUCUAUAGGUUGCUUAUCAAAGCUCAAACUUCUCAACAUUUCUGGGAAUCUCCUUCUUUCGCUCCCUAAAACUAUCGAGAAUUGCAGAUCAUUGGAAGAGUUGAAUGCCAACUUCAAUAUGCUUACUCAUUUACCGGACACCAUUGGAUUUGAGCUCAUAAAUCUCAAGAAGUUAUGCAUAAAUUCAAAUAAAAUAGCAUACCUUCCUUACUCCACCUCCCACUUGACCAAUCUUCGCGUGUUGGAUGCUAGGCUAAACUGCCUUAGAUCACUCCCCGAUGAUCUUGAGAACCUAAUCAACCUUGAAAUCCUUAACGUUAGUCAAAAUUUCCAGUACCUCUCAAAGUUGCCCUAUUCAGUAGGAUUUCUCAUUUCUCUUCAUGAACUAGAUGUUAGUUACAACAAGAUUACUGAAUUACCAGAUUCCAUUGGAUGCUUGAAGAAGCUCCAGAAGCUGAGUGUAGAAGGCAACCGCCUUGUUUCUCCCCCACCGGAGGUAGUGGAGCAAGGGAUACGUGCAGUUAAGCAAUACUUAUGUGAAAAGAUAAAUGGCAUGCAUGACAAGUCCCCUAAGAAGAAGUCAUGGUUUGGAAAACUAGCAAGAUGUAGCACAUUUAGUGGUGCUAACAUACCAAGAGAUGAUAGAGAGGACUUUGGUGUUCCAAGCAAUCGAACUAUCGAUGUAAUUGCCUCACCGCGAUUUAUGGGAAUGCUUUCUCCUCGUCGUCUUCUAUCUCCAAAAACCUACUUCUCCAAAUAAGGGACAUUGCAAUUUGCUUGGAUAUCAUAUUGUGGUAGCUCUUAGCUUGUUUUCUUUUACGUUUGAAAUCGUGCAAUGUGUGCUAGAUCAAGCUGUACAUUAUGUUCUGUAGAUUUUGUUGUCUUUGAGAUUGUACAGAUUUUCAUAGAUGAUUAGCCUCAUGAGUCAUGGGUAUGUUUGAGAGGUAGAGGUACAAAUUUACCCGAACAGGGUGUUUAUAUCAAAUCAUAUGAAUAAUUACAUCGAAUCAAAAUUUGUUAUCGUAACAAUAUCACUUGUACAAAAACUCAUUUUGUUCAUUAAUUAUCAAAACUCAAAAAAAAAUUAUCUUACAUAAACAGAACCAUUAAAAAAACCCCAAAAAAACAGAACAUGACUCUUAGAAAGCAAACAGAACAAAUGAAAAACUUGCCAGAAUCACAAAUUAUGAAUUAGUUUCUUGCACUUGCGAUUCAUUUCUUUGCAAAUCCGAUUCACUUCUCCUGUUAAACGACCAUUCUCUAAUGGUAGACAAAACUGGCUUCCAUGCUCGCGAUUUAUUUGAUCUUUCUCCAAAUUUGCACGAAGUUGUGUUAGUUGCACCACUUUUAGCUAUGCAACUGAGUUUUCUAGCUAUUGGAACUAAAUCCAUUGGAGAAACACUUGAUUGAAAUAAGGAUUUAGGCAAUAAAUAGUAAAUAUGGCCUUGUUCUAACUUAGUAUCAGGGUUGAGAGGCUUUGAAGCAGCAGAUAAAAGUUGG